ACACAAUUUGCUCUCAGACUAUUGCUGUUUCCGUCGACUUUCAAGGUCGCAUUGCUGAAAUUAGUAUAAAAUGGGAAAUUCUGGAAGUAGCGACGUUACAUUGGAACGAGAAGACGACAAAUAUGUAUUAACAGGUGAUGGGAUUAAGCUAUCUCCGGCCUUAUUGGACCGAAUGCUUAGCCAAGAAACGGAAAACGAAAACAACGAAGAUGUCGAGCGGGUUAGAAAGGCGGCUGCUGAUGUUAUUGUCAAAGAGCGACAAAAGCUGGAGGAAGUCGAGAGGGUUGCAACUGCAACUCGAGAAUUGCUGCAGGAGCGGGAAAAACAGAUGACUGAUUUGGUGGAAACUUGGAAGGAUAAACUGGAAAACGAAAAACAAAAACAUAAAAACUUUUAUGACCUCACUAUUCAAGAAUUUGAGGACGCUGUCAAUCAAACCGAAAGUAAACUUAGAAAACCUUCGUUAAAACCAAUAUGUGAGAGUUUUCGAGAUUCUGUUUUACAGUGUUACGCAGAAAACCCCCAAAAAAUUUUAAACUGUUCUAAAACUGUUGCAGAAUUUACUAAAUGCGUUGAAAAUACAAAACAAGAUCUGUUAAAUAGGAAUUAACUUUAGAGCAAUUGCAGGUAAUUUUUUGGUUCAGUGCUGUACACUAUCACACUUGCAUAGAAUAUAUAACUUACGUGAUAAAGCGAAUUAUCAGAAUAUUCCUAUCUUGAUUGAAGUGACAUUAUUCCUGUAUUCUGACAGUUUAAAUAAAUCAAAAUUUGGUAUUUUAAAUAUCUUGAUUCUGCUUGUUUCUUGUGUUAUGUUACAGACUGCAAGAUGCUGGUGACGACAAAAAGAAACAUAUUUUAAAUGUUAUUCUGAAACUGGAGAAAUAUAGAAAAACACUGAGGCACCAAGAAUAAUAGUUGUAUUAUUUCUAUUAGCAGCAUGACAUGCACCUACUAUGUCUUGUUUAUCAAAUCAAUCAAACAAUCAAUUUAUCCGGUAGCCUAUUUUUUCUUGUGUUAACAUUUACAAUUGAUAUUCAUACUUUAGUUGUUGAUUAUUGAAUGACUAUUUUAUUGAAUGUUUUCAUUUCCAAAGUUUCAUAAUCUUCAAUAAUCAGCAGAACUCGAAUAAUUGUGUUUGCGUAUUUCUCCAUCUUUCUGCUUAUGAGAGUGCUACCGUUAAUUGAUUGAAACAUUUUAUGGGAAAGGAAAAUUUGUGCCAUGGAUUGCAAAUAUCUUGACAAGUACUUUUCUUUUUUCA